AUGAAGUCUUUUUUGAAAAAUAAAAAAAACGUAGAAAAGGUUAUCAAUUCAGAGAAUGAUUUAGAGAAAUAUGCACAUAUAUAUGAUAGUUGUGAAAAUGAUAUAUGCAACAUAUAUGUGAAUAUAUACGAGGGAUAUAAAAAAGGUAUGGGUGCUAAUAAGGAAGAUGUUUUUGAAUGUCCAAGAAGAAUGGAAGCAAAAAUUCAAAGCAUUAUAGAGAAAAAAAAUGUGAAUGAUGUUAGUAAUGAUAAAUCCAUUAAAAAAAGUAUUGAUGUGUUAAUUUACCCUUGUAUUUAUGAAAUAAAUAAGAACAAGAAUUAUUUGACUCGUUCAUGUUGUUCAGGAAGGGUUAUAAUAUUUGAGGAAGUGAACGAAAAAAAGUGCAGAAAAAGUUGGUUAAACAAAAAAUUUGACAUCGAAAAUGUGUCAAAUGAUGAAAUAAAAAAGCGUAUCGAAAAGGAUGAUUUUAUUUCCUAUUUGAAAAAAAUUUAUGAUGAAGAAAGUGAAAAUUAUAAAAGUGGUAAAGGAAAAUAUUCCAACUAUGAACAUGUUCAUAAUUUGGAUGACGAAAAAAACAGGGAAGACAUAGAACUUGUGCGUAAGAGGAAGGGAGAAAAAAUACACAGAAAAAAGGUUCAUAUAUUUUAUACAAAUCAUAUGCAUCAAAAUUUGGAACAUGACACAAACUUUGUGAAAAAUAUAUUAACAAAAGAAGUUUUAUCUAAAAAGGAAGUAAAAACUGCAUGUAUGGAUGGUGAAAAUGGAGAUACUAACAAAAUAAUAAAUAAUAGUGAAAACAGAAAAUCAAAUAGAGUAAAAAAAGUAGAAUUUAGAUCGAGUGAAGAAGAUAUAGAACAUUGGAUGAAAUAUAAUGAUGAUUUAACGCAAUCUACAAGAGAAGAGAUAAAACAAGAACAUAUGAGAAGAAUUUAUAUAAAAUUUGAACCUUUUAUUAUACACGUCAAAUGUGUCGAUUUUAUAAGUGCACUGAAACUUCUUAAAGUAGCACAAAUUGCUGGGUUGAAACAGAGUGGCAUUUUGAACUUUAAUAAAUAUUCUGUAACGGUGGCAAUUAGGGGAUCGAUGAGAUUGGAACAUUUGAUGACAAAGGGAUUUACAUUCGAGAGGGAGGAAAUCAAGAAAUUGUUGAGGAUAUGCAAUGAGAAGAUGAGUCUGAAUUUGAAGCAACUUGUGACGUUUUACCAUUGUUAUAGUGAAUACAUGAAAAGUAGCAGUAAUUGGGAAAACAUCGAUCAGCAUCUCGUAAGUAAGAAAAUGGUGGAAUGUUAUCAACCCAGUGAUGAACAGAAGGGGGAGAAAUAUGAGCUCAAUCGAAUGGAAAAAAGAAACCUUACUUUUUCAGGAAGAAAUGAAGAAAAAAAACCACCACCAGGAUUAUCAUCCCUUGAGGUUAUAAAUAAUUUCGAAUCAAGAGAAAGAUAUUGGAAGAAUAACAAAAUUGAAGUAAAAAAAAGACAAAAGAGAGAAAUAGAUUUGAAUACAUAUAACGUAGAACUAUCCGUUGAAGGGUAUGUAAUAAAUAAAUUUCCAAAAAUGGAAGGAAAACAAUUACUGAAGUGGAAACUUCUUACCACUAAGGAGGAUCUCGAAAAUUUCUUCGUUUGGGGACAUGACAUGUUCAUGCAUAAAAGUAAAAUUUAUAUUUUUGGAGGAUUUGCAAAAGGGGUGAGGAAUAGUAAUCUGAAAAUUUAUGAUGUGGAUAAGAAAGAAUUGAGAACUUACGAGACAGAGCUGCCAGCGUUAUCAUAUCACUCCUUUUUCCAGUUAGACGACAAUUACGCAUGCAUAUUUGGAGGAAGAAAGAACCCGAGAAAUUGCACGAACGAUGUAUGGCUCUAUGAUAUACGAAGAAAUGUGUGGACCUUGGCAAAUUGGAGUGGAAAAGGUGUCCCUUGUCGAAUGUGCAGUAAUUGUAUUAAUCACAUGAGUGAAGGAAUGACAAGUGGAAUGCAACAAGGGAAGGAUUCCAAUUUGGAAGACGGGUUAUGUACUGAAUUUUUAAGAGAAAAUUGUACAAGUAAAGCACAGAUGUGCACAUGUAAUGGAGAUUCUGUUCCUAAUGGAAGGUACCGACAUGCAUGUGUAUUCGUAAGAAGAUAUAAAAAGAAACAAAAAGAUGUGUACGAGUUUUACAUGUAUGGAGGUGUUAAGGAAAAUAAUGAAAUUUUGAAUGAUAUAUGGAAAGGAAAAUUAACAGUUCGGGAUGAAGUUUUUGUGGAUAAAAGAGGGAGGAAAGUCUUCAUCGAAUGGCAGAGAAAACAUACAUUGCAUGAGAAGACCAAACAGAAACAGCAAUUAUAUGUAAAGAAUCACACCAUGGUUUAUAAUAAGAAGAGGAAAUUGAUUUAUAUAAUUGGUGGAUGUUACAAUUAUUCAGGGGAAGGAAGAGAGAGAGAAGUUGAUGCUAUUACAAUUGAUUAUAUGAAAACCGAAGGAGACAUGAAUCUUUUGCACUUGAACCGUCUCUACACGUACGAUGUGAAGAAAGAUAUAUUUUUUUUCAUGACAUGUACAUCUAGUUGUGGUGAUAAUGAUGAAGUUGCGUACCCACUGAAUAGAUUCUCUCAUGCGACAUGUUUAAUUAAUUAUAACAAUUUCGUUCUUAUGGGAGGUUUAAACAUGGAUCGAACAUUGAAUGAUAUAUGGAUAUUCAGAAUGAAAGAGAAAAAGUGGUAUCACGUUGGAUUUUUCCCUUUUCAGAGUAUGUAUGUGAGGGGAAAGGUCGCAAGUCAAAACGGUUGCUUGUAUGUGAUUGGUGGAGGGUGCACUGUUUUCACAUUUGGGAGUUUUUUCGACCUUCCAGUGUAUGCAGAUUGUAGAGCUGUUCUUUUGGCACUUACCCAGGAGGGGCAAGAAGUAGAAGUAGUGGAAGACGUGGAAGUAGAAGUAGUGGAAGACGUGGAAGUAGAAGUAGUGGAAGACGUGGAAGUAGAAGUAGUGGAAGACGUGGAAGUAGAAGUAGUGGAAGACGUGGAAGUAGAAGUAGUGGAAGAAGUGGAAGGCGUGGAAGACGUGGAAGUAGAAGAAAUGGAAGACGUGGAAAAAGUAAGCGGACUCGCGUGUGUAGACCCCCUUAAGGGCCAUGGAGUGCCAAGCAAGGAGAACAAACUUUGCAACUCCUAUUCACAUGCAAAAUGGAAGAGAGUGACACAUGAAAGGAAUGAAACAGGAUCAAUAAAAGAACAAGAUAUUUCUUGUAGAAGAGAAAUGUGUCCGCUUGGUAAGAGAGUAUCGAAUGAAUUAUACCUAAUUGUAAAGGAGAGAACAUGUGUGAAGGAUGUCAAAACAUUUUUGGAAAGUAUAAAGAUAUAUGAUAAGAAUCGAAAAAUUGAGAUUUUCAAGGAAGAGUUGUUGAAUGGGAAUAUCGUAGAUGCAUUUUUAAUUCCUAUUUUAAAAAAAAUAGAAUCAUUAAAAAAAUUUGAGCAAAUAAGGCAGAAUAUUUCCCUUUGUAAGGUACACCUGACCGAGGAGGGGCAAAUUUAUUAUGCACGUCAAAGUGGGGAGAAAAAGGAGAAUGAGCAGAAGAAGACGAGGAAGAGGAAGAAACAAAGCAAAAAACGGAGCUUGAAAGAAUGCUUUACAGGUCUUCUUACCAAAUUUGUAAAUAAAAAGAUAAAGAAUUAUGUGAGUGCCUCUGAGAGGAAACAAAUUUUAAGGGCUAGCACAAAAUACGAAAUCGUGGGUAAUAUUUUAAUCUUUCACUAUAUGCAUCUAGAACCCAUUGUCAGAUUGUAUCGUACAUUUAGGAGAAGAAAUCGAGAGGAAAAUAAAACUCAAGAACAUUAUUCUAAGAACAAUGUGAAGGGGAAGAAGUUCUCCACAUUGAAUUACACCAAUAUGAAAAUUCUGAUGAGAAAAUGCAAAGAGAGGCAGUUCCUUGAAGAAGUGGAUAAAUUUUGGAUAGAUGUAAAAAAUACGUUCAACAGGUUCAGGGGUAAGCCAGCUAAAAUGCAUAAGCAGGACCAAUAUCCUUCGAGUGAGAAGCACCAUGAACGACAGGGGAAGACAAGAGGUUGGAGAGAGAAUAAUGAUACUGUUUGUAAAUUUGCAAAUCUGGUGAAGAGACUAACCGCUUUAGGAAGGAGAAAAUUGCAAUGGGAGAAAAAAUCAUCCCAUGAAGAAGGGGGAAAAAAAAAAAGAACCCGAAUCAAAUUAGCAGAUCGGAAUUCACGAAAAAUAGGACGACGAAGGGUUAAAAUAGACCAGCUAGCUAAAAUGAAAAAAUGGUCAAAAGAACUAUAUGUUAUUAAUGAAGAAAGAAAAAAUAAAAAAAGAGGAGCAAAAAUAAAAUCGAUAGCAAUUUAUGAAAAGAUACAAGGGGCUAAGCGUAAAAAUAAAAUACAUUUAGUGUAUGGGAAAAAUGUAAAAACAAUUCAUCGUGAAAAUAAUGUCAUGUACAAAUUGAAUCUGAAAAAGUGUAUGUUUUGCUUAGGAAAUGGUACAGAAAAGGAGAGAAUGAAGAACUUGUAUAAAGAUGAAUCCAAUAUGGUGGUAAGUAAGGAAAAUGUAGUUGAUUUAUUUUGUGGUGCUGGUUAUUUUACAUUGCCAUUGUUAAAAUUUGUUGGUAAUGAAAAAAUAAAUGAAUAUUACGCUUGUGAUAUUAAUGAAGAUUCAUUAAAGUUAUUAAGAGAAUCGAUAAGACUCAACAAAAUAAAAAAAAAUAAUUUACACAUUUUGAGGAUGAACUCAUUUCUCAAAACAAAGAAUGUAAAACUUGUUAAAAAAUGUCAUAGAAUAUUGCUAGGUCUACUACCACACAGUAAAGACGCAUGGCAAAAUGCAUUCCAUAUGAUAGAUGAUAAGGUUGGAGGAGUUUUACACAUUCAUGGUACUGGGGAAAACACCUUUCUAGAUCAAUUCUUUACUCGAUUUAGAACCUACGAUUAUGUAAAAAAACCCAAGGUCGUCAAUAUUGUUGCUGUAAAGCAUUUUCCGUUCGCUCAGUUAGCCCAUAAAGGGGAGGCAGGCGUGGAUGAAGCUGGAGAAGAGGGAGAAGCGGAUGAAGUGACACGAAGUAGGGUUACCACGUAUGGAGAUUUAUUGUCUCCUCCCUCUCAUAGCGGUACCAUAGGGGGUUAUCACACCAAUUGUAAAAAUGGAAUAACAGGAAAGUUGAGGAAUAAGAGCAAGGAUUUUUCUUCUUACACAGGAAACAAUAUUCCAGUGAAUCUCUACUUUGCACAAUUCGUUUUGUAUGAAAUUUUUAAAUUGGCAUUGAACGAUUACUUUGUACAUAAGACAAAUUGGAAUAUAUCUAUAUUACAUGUGGAACGAGUAAAGUCCUAUGCACCUCACAUUUACCACUAUGUUGUCGAUGUGCGAUGUACACCAGAGUUUGUUUAG